GAGGGAGGAGGAGGAGAAAAACGGAGAUUUAGAAAGUAGUGGAAAAGGAGGGACGGAGUGGGGGACUCCCUGACCGACCCAGCUCCCUGACCUGCCCAUUCUCCUUGCCCAUUCUCCUCGGCUCCUGUCAGCGCAGCUUAUAUGACCGAGAAAGCAGAAGUUGCUUAAAGUUUCGCUAACAGCUUUCAGUCUCAGCAUGGCCGGAGGCUCGGUGUCAGAGUGUAAGGAGUAUCUCUUCAAAGUGCUGGUCAUCGGGGAAUUAGGAGUGGGGAAGACCAGCAUCAUCAAACGCUAUGUCCACCAGCUUUUCUCCCAGCACUACAGGGCGACGAUCGGAGUCGACUUCGCUCUAAAAGUCAUCAACUGGGACAGCAAAACGCUGGUCCGUCUACAGCUCUGGGACAUAGCAGGGCAGGAGCGAUUCGGAAACAUGACGCGGGUGUACUACAAGGAAGCCGUCGGGGCAUUUGUUGUGUUUGACGUGACGAGGGGCGCCACGUUUGAAGCCGUGUCUAAAUGGAAACAUGAUCUGGACAGCAAAGUGAAGCUGGCUAAUGGCAACCCCAUCCCCGCAGUGCUCCUCGCCAAUAAAUGUGACCAGAAGAAAGACAACGCCAACAAUUCAACACUAAUGGACAAUUUCUGCAAAGAGACAGGCUUCCUGGGAUGGUUUGAGACAUCGGCUAAGGACAACAUCAACGUAGAUGAGGCGGCUCGUUUCUUGGUAGAGAACAUCCUGGCGAAUGAUAAAGGUUUGCCAUAUGAGGAGAGCAACGGAGACCGGAUCAAACUGGACCAGGAGACCGUAGCUGCUGAGAGCAAGUCAGGCUGCUGCUAACACUCAAUCCACUCACAUUAGCCAUCCACCUCCCUCUGGUGGGGUCCAGUGAGUUCACCCAGCCUGUGGCUCCAGCUCCCUGAUGCAACCUUGGAGACAAUUUUUUUUUUUUUUUUUGUCUCUUCAAAGCUUCAGGAACUUCUUACACUGAUGCCCAUUUGAGCAUCUAAGAUUCUCAUUACUCACUUUUAUUUUCGAUUUUGCCUCAAAGGUUUUCUACUGCAUUUACUUUGCAUUUGGGGGAUUUUUUUGGUGUUGUUCCUUUAAAAAUGCUUUCAGUAUGUACAGCUGAUUUUCAGACUGUUGCUCUGACAACCUCUUAAGUUGCUUUUUUUUUGACAACCUCUUAAGUCUUGGACUAAUAUCACAAAAGAAACAGGGUGGGGGGUGUGGUGCAUUCACUGCAGAAAGUUGAGGAGCAAUUUGUGACCUUGUGAUUGUCACUUUCAUGUAUUCUUAAUCAAUAUCAUUCCAUGUAUGUCUUAUUUUCUCACCUCACAUUUUUCUGUGAAACAAAAAGUACAAAAAAAUAAAAAUGCUGAAGCUUUUCUUCAGUGCCUAUAGAUGGACAUUGCAUUAUAUUGCACACAGAGUGAAUUUUGCCUGCUUUUUUCAUUAUUAGACUACUGUUAGCCAGUCGUUCUGUAAAAUUUGAAAAUUGCCAUUUUCCUUUUAUUGUAUUGCAUUUGUCCACUUAUCUCUAAUUAAGUAUUGUGCCAUAACAUUGUUAUUAUUUUAACAAUGGCUUGGGUAACAAUUUUUAUGCUUCACAUAGUACAAUCAAAAUUACACUGCAGUAUUUCACACAAAAAAAAGAAAAAAGAACAAAGCUAUAUUGAUGGUACUGUAUGACUACAGAAGCAAUUGCAGACCUUUGCUUAGCUAUGUUUCUGCUGGUGUGGCUGUGUAAAUUCCUGUGCUUUUAAAAUGUUUUGUGUCAAAUGUUGCAUAACUGACUGUGCAGCAAAACCAGACUCUGACAGAGGUCUCCAGGCUUUUGUAUAUGGCAAUCUGUUGAAGUGUUGAUUAAAUGUAAAUAUUGUCUUAAACAUGUUUACAGGUGAAAAUACUUUAAAUAUGCAAAACCAAAAUAGAAUAAACAUUUUAUCAGAU